AGUCGCCUUCAAACAAUGAAGCGUGACGCACACAGACUCAAUCUGAAGAGGGAAAUUGGGAUUAUAGGAGCGGUGUCAUUCAUUGCUGGGACCAUGAUUGGAUCCGGCAUUUUCAUGUCCCCCCAAUUUGUACUGUUGGCCAUCGGCAGCCCCGGGGCCAGCUUGGUCAUAUGGAGCUGCUGUGGGUUGGUAGCCAUGUGUGGCGGGCUCUGCUACGCUGAACUGGGGACAGUCAUACCAGAGUCUGGAGCGGAAUACAUCUACAUGCUGCGGACAGCGGGGAGAGUGGUGGCCUUUAUGUUUGUCUUCAGCUUCGUUACCGUCAUGAGGCCUGCCAGUGCCACAGCAAUCGCCCUGGGUCUGGCGGAAUACAUCGCUGCCCCUUUUUACCACGGAUGCAUCCCUCCGCAACCCGUGGUGAAGUGCGUGGCUGCAGCAGUCAUAUUGGCGCUGGCCAUAGUCAACUGCAUGAGCGUCCGCUUGGCCACCGGCAUCCAGGUGUUGUCCAUGGUUGUCAAGCUGCUGGCUCUGGCUGUGAUCAUACUGGGAGGUGUGGUGCUGCUCUUCCAGGGACACACUGAGAACUUUGAGAACUCCUUUGAAGGAACAAAUGCUGACGUCAGCUCCAUUGGCAUUGCUUUCUAUCAGGGCUUGUGGUCUUAUGAUGGUUGGAACACUUUGAAUUGUCUAACUGAGGAGCUGAAACAUCCAGAAGUGAAUCUUCCUCGGGCCGUUGUGAUAGCCAUUUCUCUGGUGACUGGCUUGUAUCUGCUGGUGAAUGUCAGCUACCUGACCGUUAUGACGCCGAUGGAGCUCAUGUCCUCCAACGCGGUAGCAGUGACCUGGGGGAACAAGGUGCUGGGAAGCUGGGGCUGGAUCAUGUCUGUGGCCGCAGCGCUGUCCGCUUUCGGUUCCCUGAACGGGACGUUCUUCAGUGGAGGCCGGGUGUGCUUUGUGGCCGCCAGGGAAGGACACAUGCCAGCUAUUCUGGCCAUGGCUCACAUCCACCGACUGACUCCGUCUCCGGCCCUGAUCUUCACCACCAUCGUCUCUCUGCUGGUUCUGAUCCCUGGAGACUUCCAGAGCAUUGUCAACUACUUCAGUUUCACUGCCUGGUUUUUCUAUGGCAUCACCCUGUCUGGACUACUUUAUCUCAAGAUUAAGAAGCCGGAGCUCCACAGGCCGUACAAGGUUCCCAUCAUACUCCCCGUACUGGUCCUGAUUGUGGCAGUAUUCCUUGUGCUGGCCCCUAUCAUAGACAAUCCUCAGAUUGAAUACCUCUAUGUGACUUUAUUUAUCGCCAGUGGAGCUAUCGCCUACGUACCCUUCAUCCAUUACCAGCUCUGUCCAGGGCUGUUGACCAAGCUGACGGUGUUCCUGCAGCUGUUCUUGGAGGUCGCGCCGGCUGAGAAGAACCUGUGAUUUGAGCAGAAGAAAUGUAACACUACAUUUCACAUUUAAUACAUUACCACCUGUUUCUCAUUGAUAAGUUGGGUUAUGCGUUUGACUGUUCUGUAUAUUUGCAGAGGGUCCGUAGUCACGUUAGGCCAUGGGAAAAGAAAUAACAUUCUGAAGUAAAUCUGUAUUUAAAAUGUCGGCUGCCAGUUUUUCUUACGACCUAAACACUUUUUCCAAGUGCAACAGUGGCUAAAUAACAGCGUGCACUUUACCAGCUGAAACCCGAUUGUUAUUGUGAAUAUGGGUUGCACAAUGACAGCAGGCUGUGCACAAAGUCGGGUUCAAAAUUAAUGAUAUGUAAAUAAAUUUGGCAACAAGAAAGAAA